GCCAGGCUGCCGAGCGCCGAUCGGCUCGAUGAGCGGGGGUGCAGCUGCGGCGGAGCGGUAGGCGCCGGGUCCGCGCCCACUGUCUUCCCCCUCCCCGCUUUCUUCCUCCGCUUCCCACUCCUUCCUCCGCCCGCCCAGUGCUGCCCGCCCCGGAGAGCUGCCCGGAGCUCCCCGGGAGACUCAGGUUUUGUGAAUAACAUCUCCAGGCUGUGUCCAUCCAAGUCACUUAUUUCCGUGAAACUGCACCAGCCGAGACUGCUGAUGAGAGAUGUGGAAGAGGAGUCAGAAAGGGAACGCAGGCUGGGAAAAGGGAAGCCUCUGCCCAGAUGCAAGCUUUUUGUGAAAUGAAAUACUAGGGGGUUUGGUGUGCUUGUUGUUUGCAUAAAGCAAAAAAGAAGCCAACAUUUGCUAAACAACAGGUGGUGAAGACUUAUUCUGCUGAGAAGUAGAAGAGUACUUCUUCAUUAAAAGAGAUGCCUCCCAAGUUUAAGCGCCACCUAAAUGAUGAUGAUGUCACUGGUUCUGUGAAAAGUGAAAGGAGAAAUCUUCUGGAAGAUGAUUCAGAUGAAGAAGAGGACUUUUUUCUAAGGGGACCAUCUGGACCAAGAUUUGGACCUAGAAAUGAAAAAAUUAAGCAUGUUCAGAAUCAGGUGGAUGAAGUCAUUGAUGUCAUGCAAGAAAAUAUUACAAAGGUAAUAGAAAGAGGGGAGAGACUAGAUGAACUACAGGACAAAUCAGAAAGCUUAUCGGAUAAUGCAACUGCUUUUAGCAACAGAUCCAAACAACUUCGAAGGCAAAUGUGGUGGCGUGGAUGCAAAAUAAAAGCUAUCAUGGCUUUGGUUGCUGUUAUCGUUUUGUUAGUGAUUAUCAUUCUUAUAGUUGUGAAAUACCAUACUUGAUUGGAUGACAGAUCUUCAUUAAACAAAAUCUGGGACAAUAAUAAUAAAAGACUGCUGCAUAAUUUAAAUGAAA